CGGGAGGGCCCGGUAGAAAAUGGCGAGUCUGUGCAAAAGGCAGCAAUGCACGAUCGAGAGGCGCGGCUUUCGGCAGGAACUUGACUCGUGGCGACACAAACUCAUUCACUGUGUAGGGUUUGAAAGCAUUUUGGAAGGGCUGUUCGGGCCGGGACUAGUCAAAGAUAUUACCCUCUUUCAAGAUUGCGAGCCCGAGGUACUGUUGGAUUGGUCGUUUGAUGUAAAUUGUCUCUUUUGCUGCUUAAGACGAGAGAAAGUCAAGGAACACUUGGUUGGCAUCACUCCCCAGGUCUUAUCAGAGUCAGAGGACUUGAAACAGGACACGUCCAAAAUCACCCGCCUGGAGAAGCAAGCCGAAGAGUUCCUCAAUGCUGUCUUCUACAGAAAGGCAGACCUCCCAAGCUUCUCGGACCCCCACAUCCCUCUAGUGGCUCGUGAGAUAAUGCAGCGAAUGAUCCGUCAGUUCGCUGCCGAAUAUACCUCAAAAAACAGCUAUUCUCAGGACCCCCCCCAUCACCCCCAGCCCAACGGCAUCAAGGACCAAAGCCACCUCCUGCCGAGAGCGGCCUCUCCAGCCCCGGCCCCCCUCGCUCUGCCGGGGGCGUCCAGCCCCCCGUCCCCCGCCCCGGGCCUCAGCCCCGCCUCUGCCUUCGCCCCGGACAGUGGGAACGGAGCCGGUAGUAACUGUAGUGGUACCGGUGCUGCUGCCUCUGCACAGAACCCUGUCCUCAGCAAGCUUCUCAUGGCCGACCAGGACUCUCCACUGGACCUCACCGUCAAGAGGCCCGACCCCACAGAGACCAAAACAGAGGAUGGAGUCCUGGACCUCUCCACCAAGAAGGCCCACGGCAGCGUCCUCAAAACCUCUCCCAGUUACACCCUGUUGCCCACAGUGAAGGGGCGUGCCCUGAGAGUUGAGCGCUCCUUUCGGGACGUGGAGGAUGAUGACAUGCUGCCGAGAAGCUUACAGGACGAGCUGAGGGACAGCUACGUCAGUUCCGCCCCCCUCAAGCCCCCAUUGGCCCAUUCGCUGCUUAUAAAGGAGGAGCUCCUCAGCCAGAAGCACCGCCUCCUCGGCCAGCCUCCCGCUCUCUCAUUGGCUAGUCUGGAGGCGGCGGGGCUUCUCAACCACAGGAACAAAGGGAACCACGUGGAGCCCCACCCCCUCCUGGCACGGGAUGGCUCUCCGUGGGGUUCCUCCAGUGGUAAAGCCCACCACCACCAACUGGACAGCCUGCUGAGGCUGAAGCAGGCCAGCGCCAUCCUCUCAGACCUCCAAGACCUGCCUCUGUUCUUGGACAACCACCACCACGGGGCGUUCUCCUCCAAGAGCUCCUCCGGAGGUGGCCUCCGCCACCACCAUGGCUCCACCAAGACCCACCAUGAGGUGGUGGUGAAGAGGGAGCCGGGAGGCCACCACUCCCCGCCCGUGGACCUGAAGAUCCCCCAGGUGAGGGGCAUGGACCUGUCAUGGGACUCCCACGCCUCAGACCUGUACGGGUACGGGGCCAUGGUGGUGGGCGCCGGGGGCCACGGUGGGGUGGAGAAUGCUUUGAGCAGGAAGCUGAGGGUCAUCCUGCCCAAGCAGAACCGGCGUGCCGGUAGCCUGAGAGGCAGCCUGGGAGGUUUUCUGGAUGGGGCGGCAGACUACUGGAGCUCCGACGUGGACCAGGGGACCUCCGGGCAACCAUACCCGACCUCCGACCCCGAGGGCGACCCGUGCUCUAAGCAGCCCAGGAAGAAGAGGGGGCGAUACCGCCAGUACAACAGCCAGAUCUUAGAAGAGGCCAUCGGCAUGGUGAUGGGCGGGAAGAUGAGCGUAUCCAAGGCCCAGAACAUGUACGGGAUCCCUCACAGCACACUGGAGUACAAGGUGAAGGAGCGACUGGGCACACUGAAGAACCCUCCUAAGAAGAAGCUCAAAUUGACCUUGAGGAUGGGAGGACAGGAUUCCGCCGCCGAGUCAGAGACUACACCAACCGCGACGCCGCGAGAGGUUGCACCACCGGAUGCCGCCGAUCUGAACCACGAGCAAAAAAUGAAAAUGGAAUUUGAAGAUUAACUGAGAAACAACGAUGACGCCGAAUCCUCCCUUUCCUUAUAUAUGUAUAAAAACAUCUUAACAUUAAGACUAAAGUAACUGGAAACAAAUGGAGCUUUAUUUGUGCCAAUUUGCUGUUGCAGUAUCUGGGUGAGCACAAGCGCAGGGAUAUGAGGAGGAUUCUAAAACAAGCUGGAGAUGAAAACUAAACCAAUCGGCUGGUUCUGCGGUUGUCGUUUUGACACUGCACAUUUGUUUAGCUUUUAUAUCAAGCGGCGAAACAAAUGUGUCAAAAGCCACAAGUGAUGUGACAGUUAUUAAUUACAGUUUGUAAAGCAUGUUGAUUAUCCCCCCAAAACCCUAACUCCCCCUAUUCUGAACUUGAUACACUGACCCUGCAUUGGUUUUAAAUGCAGUCUGGGCUGCGGAAUAUCUCAACUUUGGGGAAAAUUAGAGGGGGUUAAAAAUGAACCCUUUUGAACAUACUAUUAUGGUCCCCCCUCUCUCAUUUAAGUACUAGUACCAAUUGGUAAGUGAACUGUCUCCUAUGUUUUGAACCAACUCUAAAACUAGUAAUGUCCCAGGAAGCUCUCUCACCAGGAAGCUGAAUCAAAACCGCAUUAUUUCGAUCGCCAGGUAGCCAUUUCUCUUUAACAAACGCAAAACUUUCUUUCCUCCUUCGAUAUUCUGCUACUCUUUAAAAGUAAACGAAAGCAACAUUGGCUGUGUCCUUUUUAAGGUAAAGACACAAAAUAGUCAAUCAGGGAUGCAUGUUCGUAAGUUUUAGUAAAUAACUACUACGUUUUAGAAUGUUUUGUUUGUUUGUUUUAUCUUCUUUUGUUUGGCUUUCUUUUGCACUACACUUUCAGUCUGGUGCUCACCGGCGCCGCCCAGUGGUGACAGACCAGGUUACCUCGGCAUUGCUGUCCUAGCAUCAUGCACUUAAGGUCUGUCAUAAUCCCCGGCCAACUGCGCUCCAGGUACAAGUUACCCGUAGCCACAGAUCUAGGAUCAGUUUACCCUGCCUUAACAAUUAGGGGGGAAACCUCAAAACUGACCUGAGAUCAGCAUGUAGGGGCAAUUUUAUAUCUCUGCUGCUCUCCUGGAGAGAGCUCCUCAACCUCAACGGUGGUAGGUAAAUGUUGCCUCUAACCACUGGUCCAUAGUCAGAUGUCUUUUUUUAUCCCCUUAUUGCUAAGGUUUGGAUUGGGGCUUGGUGAUCUGAUCCUAGUUCAGUGGUUGAGCGCAACUUCUACCUCAAUCACCUGCAACAAGUGCAUCUGUUCCCAAUCCCGAUCCUAGGGAGCUGUAGCCAUCUCUGGUUUUCAUUCCAACCAAUGACCUCAUGCAUAUGCGCUCAGCUAAUUAGUGGGCGGGGUUCUCCUAACACUAUGACAUCACAUGGAGUGAUAACCACAUGCAUUGUAGCUCUCCAAGACCAGGAAGUGGAAACAUUGCUGCUACAACUAUAUUAUCCUGUACUGAGCGAAGGUUUUACCAGCCUUACUGUCUCUAAACACUAAACAUUUCAUAAGGUUUUCUGUUUUAGAAUUCUAACUAAGUAAAAGCUUCUUAGUUGAUGAGUUUUGAAAUGGCUCCUCUCACUCCCAUGUGGUUUUAAAAUGUUCAAAGGUAGUUUCAAAGGCAGUUUAUUACGACAAUGUGCAUUUAUACUUGGG